AUGUCAGAUAUAGUUAAAUUUAAACUAACAAAUGGUGAUGUUUUUGGCAUAUUUCGUCAAACACUGGAACGAUAUCCAAGUAGUUUUCUGACUAAAUUGAUUAGCAAUGAACAAAAUUCCACAUUCCAUUCGCGUGAUGCUGACAAUGCCUUUCUCAUCGAUGAAGAUCCGAUGAUAUUCUCUUCACUUCUUACGUAUUAUCGUUGUGGCGUAUUAACAAUCCUUCAUGACGAUCUUCGUCAAGCGAUUAUCGAAAAAUACAUGUUACCACACGUACAUUCACCGCCAACAACAUCAUCCGGAGACUUACCCAAGUAUGAUGAGCCUCUGUAUAUACACAUUAGUUUUGAACAUGUCUCAUCAAUGUCGGCACAAACUCGACCAUCUCCAGCACAAAUACCGGCUCUACAUGGAUGUCCAUUUCCACUGACACAUACAAACUCGUUUCGAUCGAAAGAUCCGAUCGAAAUUGCCAAUUAUUUAUCGUGCAAUGGAUAUAGCAUGGAACAAAUUGAUCUUAACACACGGUCGAUACUGAUGAAGAGAAAAAAUUGA